CCUUGGUCUUUUAGUGAAGACUUGCUGUUCUUCUCACGCACUGGGUUUCUUUUUAUCCAAGAGAGAAAAAUGCUUCUGAAAGCUGUGAUCUGUGUCCUGUCACUCUCAGAAACCUUAGCGUACCCUCUGAACAGUGACAUCAGGGAAGCAACUUGGGCUCAUCCAAAUGCUAACCAGGCUCAUGACAAAACAGACCUGACAAAAGACGUGCAUAGGAUCUACAAGAGCGUCAUAGACAGCAGCGAUCUUUACAACCAAGACGAGGAUGCGGUCAAAAGUCCUGUGGCAGAGGAGAUGAAGCACAAACUGGCCAUGGAGUCCGAGCGCCUGCGUGUGCGUCUGCGCCAAGAGCUGGCCGAUCUGCGGCUGAGGUUGUCCCCAUCCCCGGCCCAUCUCAGCGCCACGCUGGCCAGCAUGAGGGAGCGCCUGACUCCUCUCACCCAGCAGCUCCAGAGCUCGCUCAGCAGCAACACCCAAGACCUGUGCAACCAGCUGAGCCUCUACCUGCACAACCCAGAGACAGGGGAGGCUCAGACAGAGGCCAGUCCAGCUCCGAACCAGGACACCUUCCACUGGAUCAGCCAAACCCUGGAGCACAGCAGCCUCCAGUUAGCCAACGCCAUCAGUGACUUCCACACUGCAGCCAGGGACGUAGCUGAAGGCCUGAAAGAGGCGAGCGAUCCUGAGGACGAGGCGAACGACUCGAAGCUCUGGCAGACGAUGAACUCCAAACUGAGACAAGAAGCAGGUGCCCUGAGGGAGGAGGUGCAGAGCAGGGUGGGGGUUCUGAAAGCUCAGCUUGCAGCUCUGCUGGAGUCGUCUCCUAAGUCUGAACUUCUGGGCAGCGUGGAGCAGUUCUGCCAAAACGCAGCGCUGCAGAACCAAGAGCUUCAGACGCGGAUGGAGAGGCUGGUUGUUGAGGUGGAGGAAGAGGUCCUUGGCGCCUCCCCACCUCCUCUGCCUCCGUCUUUGUCCUCACAGGAAGGGGGCUCUUUGCAGGAGGACUUCUCAGUGAAACUCUCUGCUCUGAUCCAGGACAUUCUGCACUCUAUGCAGUGACAAAAAACGUGCACUUAAACCUUGGUUUUAACUCAUGUGCAGAUCAAAUUCAAGUGUCUCCUGUCUUCUAUUCUUAGCCAUAAAUUCUACCUUAUGCGUGUUGCUGUGCCAUCAUUUUAAAUCUAGCUGUAAAUAUUUCUGAAUGAACGAAACGAGGUGAUUUUUCCAUUCUGUGUUUGAAUGAGUACUUUAUACAACAAUGAAAAUGUCUUUGCUGAGCCACGUAAAACAA